GCAUCUUCAACAAAGACAUCAGGUCCAAGAGACCGAGAGACCGAGCCAGAGAGCGUACAAUUAAUUCACGACUCCAAUCAUGGGGUAUUCGCAAGUACAUUUCCUCAUUCUUGAAGCUGAAGGCUAUAAGAUUACUCUCCGAGCACUCCAUCUACUUUGUACAAGACUUGGAUUGACACGCCGUAUAUAUGAUCCGGUCAACAGACAGCUACAGGAAGAGGAGGCUGCUAAAGGUCUUCUUGAAGGGAUAGGGAAAGGCACUAUAAAAGGAUAUGGGAGGGAAUUGCUUUAUUCUCACAUACGUGGAUGUGGAUAUAAUAUUCCUCGUGACCGUCUCUUUGCCAUCUACCACCACCAUGUAUGUAUACCCCUUUCUCAUCUACUGGCAACCCUAUUGUCCUGUAAAUAGUUGGCGUUUGGCUUUUUUUUUGCCCAGUCGUACGGGCCCUUUGUACGGCACCUAAGCAAGACUUGCACUUCUACGUGGUGCUUAGGAUUAGUAGCCAAAAGGCG